AAGCGAUCCUUCUGCUGUAACAUUUCCAGUGCCUCGAAUAAUUCCAUGUCAACAAUGUCGAGAACAUCGAAAACGCUGCAUCAAAUCUCGAGACGAAAACAACUGUGGCCGAUGCACUAUGCGCGGAACACCUUGUUCACUUCAGCAUGUCCAGAGUAAAGUUGAAGAUCGAUACACUGUAGAAAAUGAAGAAAGUGUAAAAACUUUCUUGAAUAUUCUCAAGUCAAUUGAAUCGCUUGAAGAAGAGAUCUCCAGUGUAGAAAGUCAGUUACAGCAGAGACAGCCACAAAACUUACUAGAGCAGCAGCCUUCGUCUUCCGUAUUCAACGACACGGACACUACGGCGAAUCCAAAUUGGGAGCUCACUAUUCAUUCAUCCAAUUCGCAAAAGCUGACUCUCAAUAUUAACAUAGAGCGAACUGCAGAUAUCAUACAAUUAUUGAACAGAUUGCACUUGGAAUUUUCCACGAACGUCCCAAGACAUUUCUUACAUCCUCAGCAAGAAGAGUCAUUGUACAUACCUUUCCGGCAUCGGCGUUUUCCAAAUUUGUUAGUACAAUAUGUAAGAGAAUACUCAGAUCGCAAAACAUUGCGCAGAAUGGUUGAUGCCGAGUUGCGAAUGUCCUCUAUCACUUCUUUUCAUCAGCAAAUCACUCCGUCAUUGGUUCAAUCCUAUUUCAACUGCAGACAUACCAAGACUCCAUUACUUCAUCCAGAAUACUACAACCAAAAUCAACAUAACUCUAUAGGGCAUCAUCUAAGACUCAUGAUAGGGUGCUCAAUGUCUCUUCGAUAUUGUAUCAAAUAUCCAUUCUUCUACCUACCUCGAAAUCUGCAAGCGAGUCAAGCAUCGUAUUACAUAGAUCGCUGCAAUGACCUUGUGGAAGAGUUGAUGCUGUUAGAUCACCCACCCUUAACCUUGCCGCUAUUGUUAUUGACAUUGUCAUCGACGUACAUGAUGUUUCAAAAUGCUAGGAGGAGUUGGUUGCUCAUAGCCACCGCAAGAGCGUACUUGCAACAGCAUAUGAAUGACUUCAUGGACGCCUUAAUGGAUAAAGACGGUCCUAGUAAUCCGGAACUAGAGACCUACAAGCUUGCACUUCAUUUAUGCGAAAAGUUAGAUCAAAACAUAAGUUAUAUCGUAGAAAACCGUCCAGCGCAAAAAAUCGUUAAUAUGGAUGAUAUGCUUUUGAUGCCCAAACCUGUCUUAGGCGAAAAUACAUUGCAGCAUACAAUACUGAAGCAAGCGUUUUUGUUCGAAAUCAUUAGACGUCGCUGUAAUUCCAGGAUUGCUUCCAGCAUACAACUUACAAACUCUAUUCGAACACUCAGCUGGUCCACCCUCCGGCAGAUAAAUAGUGAUUUUACGGCCUGGUACACUGAACUACCGCCAGAGCUCAAGAUAGGAGAUAAUCCAUUUGACAUUGUCAAAAUGGACAUUCCUGAAGACAUGGAUCCAAGCAUUGCGCCUUUGCUAAUGAUAUAUUACAGUGAAUGGAUCUCGGUCUACGGAAACACCCUUAAUCCUGAGAUGAACUCUGACAUAUCGAUGGAUGAAGCAACUUCUGUGGAGUCGACUCAUAUUACGUUCCUUGCAGCAAUGGCCGUCGUCAAGAUUAACGAGUUUUUGAGUCGAGUGGAAAUAUGCAAAAUUGAAUUUUACUGGCUGCUAUUCGCUAGCGAACCUUUAUUGCACCUAGCCAAGUCAACGGAUGCAUACUUUGCCAACGAAGCAAGGCAAGCGCUACAGAAAACGCUUAUUAUCCUCAAAACUUUACUCAAGAAUAACUUGUUCUCUCCUGUUUUGUACAAUUUGCCAAUGGACGGAGAUCACAUUGCUAUAGGCGAAAGAUUAGUUGAAAGGAUAUCCAAUCUCUUUUCUUCCUAUGGCAUUGAAUUUUAGAAUAUAUAGGCAUUAUCUCUCCCUCUGUAUUUUUGUACAUAUCGCCGUUUAUAUAAAACGUAUUCACUAUCAGUUCUGACAUAGUUUUUCAUAUUACCGACCAAGAUCAAAUCCACGUAGACAGACGAAAU